GUUGUGUAUUGAUUUUUUUGACAGGACAACAAGAUGACAUAAAUUCAAGAAUUUUUACAAUUGUAUUGUUCGAAACGCUAAAUUUAAUUUCAUCAUUUCGAUGAUUAAUAAAUUGAUCAAUAAAAAUGUAUUAGUUUUUUUACUGUCAUGAAAUAUAAUAUCUGAUAAUAAUUAUGACAGUUAUGAAAAAAUAAACAAAAUGUUUACAUUGACAAAAAAAAAAUAACAAAAAUAUUUGAAACGACAACUUCAAUGGAAUAAAAAAAACUAUCAACUAAAUCAAUUUUCAUCUAGCAGAAAUUUUUUUAAGUCUUAUUGAUUUGCGCAAAACUAGACUGGAUUGCAUCAAGGUUGGCCUGUGACCUUCAAAUAAUGCUUGAAUACGUGAAAACCGAUUGAAUUGGUGUCAGUCAUAAGACAGCAACGGUAGAGAAACAUUGAUUGUUGUUAUUAUUAAUAAUAAUUGUCACCGUCUGAUAUAUCAGUGUGUUAUCUAAUUGAAUACGUGGAAGUUGAUUAUAAUAAUAUUGAGAUAAUAGCUGAAAGAUUUUUAGAAAAAAUGGUUGAAAGACAGUCAUUGAAAAAAGCCAUUGAAAAAUUGGAAUCACCAGCUGUAGUAUCAUUUGGUAAUCCAUUGCUUGAUGUUGCUGUGAUACUUAAUGAUGAUAAUUUUUUGGAAAAAUAUGGAUUAUCUGUUGAGGGAGAAAUGGAAUUACCUGAAGAUAAAAUACAAGAAAUAAUGGCUGAUUUAUCACCAGAACAUCAAGAAAGAGUUGCACCUGGAGGAUGUGCACAAAAUACAUUGCGUAUAUUACAAUGGCUUUGUGGAGGUUCAAGUAUUUCACCAGUUACUAUUUAUUGUGGUGGAUUAGGUGAAGAUUCAAGAGGUUCAACAUUGGAAAAAAUGGUUAAAGCUGCUGGUGUACAAACUAGAUAUGCUGUUCAUCCAAAUUUACCAACUGGAGUAUGUUUGUCAUUGUCAAAUGGAGCAUCAAGAAGUCUCAUUGCAAAUUUAGGAGCAGCUGGAGUUUAUACACUUGCUGAUUUGAAAAAAAGUAAUUUGCCAAUUGAUGAUAUUAAAAUUAUUUAUAUAGAAGGUUUCUUUUUGACACAUAGUCUUGAUGUUGCCAAAGAAAUUGUUAAAUUAACACAACAUAAAAAUGCAAUAGUUGCAUUUAAUCUCAAUGGAGAAUAUAUUUUUGAGGAAAAUAGUGCAGCUGUUUGUGAAAUGGUUGGUCUAUCAAAAAUUGUUUUUGGAAAUACAAGAGAAAUGACAGCACUUGCAAAAGCACUUAAUCUUAAAUUUGAUAAUGUUGCUGAUAUACCAUUUUUGUUGAAUAGCUCAAAAAGAGUUACAGUUGGUGUUUCAAGUGCAAGUCAUACAAGUGGUGAUUGGCUGAUGGAUAAUGAUAUAUUUGUCAUGACACAAGGAGGUACAGCACCAGCAAUUGUUGUUUGGGGUCAUGGUCAUUCUGCUCAGGUUCAACCAACUAAACCAAAAGAUCCAGUUAUUGAUGCAACUGGAGCUGGUGAUGCUCUUGUUGCUGGAUUUCUUGCUGGUGUAUUAGCUGGAGGUGAUCCAAAAUCAUGUCUUGAAAUUGGCUGUAAAGUUGCUGGUAUGAUGGUUACUCGUCUUGGUGUUACUCUACCAAAUGAUGUUCCAGAUGGAAUUUUUAAGUAAAAAUAAUAUUCAAUUGUAAUAUGAAUUUGAUUAUUUUAAAUUGAUUUUAUUUUGUGUGUAUGUAAAUUAUUUGUGUAUGUAUGAUAACUAAAUAUUAUGUAUACUGUACAAUUUAUUUUCAAAAGAAAAAAGUAAUCAGUAUUUAGCCAACAAUUAAUUGAGUACAAAUAAAGUAUUUAUUUAAUGUUACAUUAUU